AUCCCAGCUUUGAUUACUUUUUCUCUCGAUCUCUCUGUCUCUCUGUCCCCCCCCUCCAUCUCUCUUCGCUCUUGUGUUGUAUCUCCUUCUCUCUUACGCGUCUUCAUUUCCACUCACACACAGACACAUACACUCUCUCUCUAUAUAUCCUCUUCUCACCACUUUCUCUCUCUAAAGCAUUGGCACGGAUUAGGACCAGCCGACGGUGGCUAUCUUCUCAAGGAAUCAAAGUGCACACUGCACGCACAACCCCAACGCAGUUCUCUUUUUCUCUCUUUCUCGCUCUAUUUAAAAGAAAAGGAAUUGUGUUUUGGUGUUCUUUUUGUAUUUUUGCCCGCAAUUGGGAAUUACGUGUGGGGGGAAAAGGAGAGAUUUUGGAUCCGGUUUUGGGUUUUGGUUUUGUGUGGGGGAAGUGGGUGUGAUGUGGGGGUGUUGAGCAAUGCAAGAGUGAAUCUUUUUCUUCUGAAGCGAAGAGGGUUCUGUGGAUUUGAAGAACGACGAGAACACUUGUGAGUUCAAGAGACAGUUAUGCACACCGGAGGUAGACUCGUUGCUGGUUCCCACAACAGGAACGAGUUUGUGCUCAUCAAUGCCGAUGAGAAUGGAAGGAUUAAGUCUGUUCGAGAGCUGAGUGGACAGAUAUGUCAGAUUUGUGGGGAUGAGAUAGAGGUCACUGUGGAUGGGGAGCCCUUUGUUGCUUGCAAUGAGUGUGCUUUCCCAGUUUGCAGGCCUUGUUAUGAGUACGAAAGGCGCGAAGGAAAUCAGGCUUGUCCUCAGUGCAAGACUAGAUACAAACGUAUCAAAGGUAGUCCCAGGGUUGAAGGUGAUGAAGAUGAAGAUGGUGCUGAUGAUUUGGAUAAUGAGUUUGAUUAUGGGGAUUUUGAUGCUUUGGGCACACAGCCAAUGUCGGAAUCCUUGUAUUCUGGUCGUCCUAACACUGGACGAGGUUCUAAUAAUGUAUCUGGCAUUGCUACAAACUUGGAGCAUGGUUCAGCCCCUCUCAAUUCUGAAAUACCGCUCCUAACUUAUGGGGAGGAGGAUCCUGAGAUAUCUUCGGAUAGACAUGCGCUAAUCGUUCCACCGUAUAUGAAUCAUGGAAAUAGAGUCCAUCCAAUGCCUUAUAGCGAUCCAUCUAUUCCAUUGCAACCCAGACCCAUGGUUCCCAAGAAAGAUAUUGCUGUGUAUGGGUAUGGAAGUGUGGCUUGGAAAGACCGCAUGGAAGAAUGGAAGAAAAGACAAAGUGACAAACUUCAGGUGGUGAAGCAUGAAGGGAGCAACGAUGGAGGUUUUGGCGAUGACUUUGAGGAUACUGAUUUGCCCAUGAUGGAUGAAGGCAGGCAACCUCUUUCUCGAAAGCUACCCAUCCCUUCAAGCAAGAUAAAUCCUUACAGAAUGAUUGUAGUACUCCGUCUUGUAAUCCUUGGGCUUUUUUUCCAUUAUAGAAUUCUCCACCCAGUUAAUGAUGCAUAUGGAUUGUGGUUGACAUCAGUCAUCUGUGAAAUAUGGUUUGCUGUAUCAUGGAUAAUGGAUCAAUUUCCAAAGUGGUACCCAAUACAGCGUGAAACAUAUCUUGAUCGCUUGUCACUCAGGUAUGAAAAAGAAGGGAAGCCAUCUGAGCUGUCCAACAUUGAUGUCUUUGUCAGUACUGUCGAUCCAAUGAAAGAACCUCCAUUGAUCACAGCAAACACUGUUCUUUCUAUCCUUGCUGUUGAUUAUCCGGUUGACAAAGUGGCAUGCUAUGUGUCAGAUGAUGGUGCUGCUAUGCUUACUUUUGAAGCACUGUCUGAGACAUCUGAAUUUGCUAGGAGAUGGGUUCCAUUUGUUAAGAAAUACAAUAUUGAGCCACGGGCACCAGAGUGGUAUUUUGGUCAGAAGAUGGACUAUCUGAAAAAUAAAGUUCAUCCAGCAUUUGUCAGGGAAAGGAGAGCAAUGAAGAGAGAUUAUGAAGAAUUUAAGGUGAGGAUUAACAGUUUGGUGGCAACUGCACAGAAGGUUCCUGAGGAUGGAUGGACCAUGCAAGAUGGAACUCCUUGGCCGGGGAAUAAUGUGAGGGAUCACCCUGGCAUGAUUCAGGUUUUCCUUGGGCAGGAUGGUGUUCGUGAUGUUGAAGGAAACGAGCUUCCACGCUUGGUCUAUGUUUCUCGAGAAAAGAGGCCUGGCUUUGAUCACCACAAAAAGGCUGGGGCAAUGAAUGCUCUGGUACGGGCAUCAGCAAUUAUCACAAAUGCACCCUAUCUUCUGAAUGUCGAUUGUGAUCACUACAUAAACAAUAGCAAGGCACUUAGAGAAGCUAUGUGUUUUAUGAUGGAUCCUCAACUUGGGAAAAAGGUUUGCUAUGUGCAAUUUCCUCAGAGAUUUGAUGGAAUCGAUAGACAUGAUAGAUACUCAAACAGAAACGUUGUAUUUUUCGAUAUCAACAUGAAAGGAUUGGAUGGGAUCCAAGGUCCAAUAUAUGUCGGAACUGGAUGUGUUUUCAGAAGGUAUGCACUAUAUGGAUACGAUGCACCUGCCAAGAAGAAACCACCGAGCAAAACUUGUAACUGUUGGCCAAAGUGGUGCUGUCUGUGUUGCGGCUCUAGAAAGAAAAAGAAUGUCAACAAUAAGAAAGAGAAAAAGAGGAAGGUGAAGCACAGCGAAGCAUCAAAGCAGAUACAUGCACUUGAAAAUAUUGAGGCAGGGAACGAAGGAGCCAAUAAUGAGAAGACGUCGAAUUUGACUCAAACAAAGUUGGAGAAGAAGUUUGGACAGUCUCCAGUAUUUGUAGCCUCAACACUUUUGGAAAAUGGUGGUGCACCACAGGGCGUCAGUCCUGCAUCACUUCUAAAAGAAGCCAUCCAAGUUAUCAGUUGCGGUUAUGAAGACAAAACUGAUUGGGGAAAAGAAGUUGGAUGGAUCUACGGUUCUGUGACAGAGGAUAUCUUGACUGGAUUUAAAAUGCAUUGCCAUGGUUGGCGGUCUGUGUAUUGCAUCCCGAAGCGCCCUGCAUUCAAGGGGUCAGCACCUAUCAACCUUUCGGAUCGUUUGCACCAAGUUCUUCGGUGGGCUCUUGGGUCCGUCGAGAUUUUCUUCAGCAGACACUGUCCAAUCUGGUAUGGCUAUGGUGGUGGGUUGAAAUGGUUGGAACGAUUUUCCUACAUAAACUCGGUGGUAUAUCCCUGGACUUCUCUCCCAUUGCUUGUCUACUGUACUCUACCUGCCAUAUGCCUUCUCACUGGAAAAUUUAUUGUACCCGAGAUUAGCAAUUAUGCGAGUCUUGUGUUCAUGGGGCUCUUCAUAUCCAUUGCAGCAACCGGCAUCCUGGAGAUGCAAUGGGGCGGUGUCUCCAUAGACGACUGGUGGAGGAACGAACAGUUUUGGGUGAUAGGAGGUGUGUCUUCCCAUCUAUUUGCUCUAUUUCAGGGUUUACUGAAGGUGUUGGCUGGUGUGAACACAAACUUCACGGUGACAUCAAAAGCAGCAGAUGAUGGAGCAUUCUCAGAACUGUACAUCUUCAAGUGGACAUCACUGUUGAUUCCUCCAACGACAUUACUAAUAAUGAACAUUGUCGGGGUGGUUGUUGGAGUGUCAGAUGCCAUAAACAAUGGAUAUGACUCAUGGGGACCGCUGUUUGGUAGAUUGUUCUUUGCUCUGUGGGUGAUCAUUCAUCUCUACCCCUUCCUGAAGGGGUUGCUUGGGAAACAAGACAGAAUGCCAACCAUAAUAUUGGUUUGGUCAAUCCUUCUGGCGUCGAUCUUGACUCUGCUGUGGGUCAGAAUCAACCCGUUUGUGUCAAGGGAUGGGCCUGUGUUAGAAAUUUGUGGAUUGAAUUGUGAUGAGUCGUGAAUAAAGAAAAAGGUUGGUGUUAGUUAUUUUUGAGGUACACUGGUGUUGUUGAAGAAACAGUGGGAUGGAAGUUUUUAUUUUUCGGGUGUGUAGAGAUAAAAAGAGGAAGCAGGGGAGAGAGGGGGCUGACACAUUGUUACCUUGUAAUAGGGGUUUUUCAUUUAUUCUUUCAUUAUAUUUUCUGUGGCUUUUAGUGUUAUUCUCUUUCCAGUUUCAUGUAUUAUAAGAAAGAGGCAUUGAAUGAUAAAUUAUUCCCUCUCCAACAUGGGGGAUCUGCACUCUCAACAAUCACCUGUCAUAUUUUAAGGUAUGCUUCUUCUUCUUCAAAACCUUUUCGUCAUUUGUAAUACCGUCAACUAUGGAUAUUCUUAUUCUUAUUCCUCA